AUGAUAAUCGUAUUGGUUACUAUUGUAGUUCUUUUAGCAACAAUUUAUGUUUACUUCAAACGAACAUAUUUUACGUCUGACAACUCUGUGCCUGGCUUAUCGCCACAAAUCUUAGUCGGCAAUCUUGCUCAAUCGGGUAUUACUCGUGGUAAAUCUCUAGCUGCAGUUUUCUUGGAAUGGCAGAAAAUAUAUGGUGAUGUUUUUCAAUUUUGGUUUGGACCAAUGCCUCUCAUAUGUGUCUGUGGAAUUGAAGAUGUACAGCAUAUAUUUACUCAUCGACAGAUUUAUGAACAAGGCGACUCACAAUUGUGUAAACAGAGACUUUUAUUUCAUGAUGCUCUCGUCUGUAAUAUAGGAGCAAAGCAUAAACGUCAUGCAGCUUUAACUGUUCCAUUAUUUCGUCGAGCUAAAAUUAUAUCGAAUCUGGAUUUAAUUGUUAAUUGCACAGAUAAAUUGCUAGAACAAUGGCAUUCAAAAUCUGAAGAUCGUAUGUUUGUACAUCUUGACUUAGUUACCAAAUGUCGAAAUCUUCUAUUGGAUAUUUUUGGUUUUAUUGCAUUCAAUUAUGAUCUUGAAUGUUUGGAUUCAAAUAAAAUCACCAAACCAAAUGAGCUUACACAGGCACUGAGCGAGUUUUUGGAUAUUUUUGUUGUGGCAAUGCGCAAGCCUAUGUUUAUGAUAAAAUUGUAUUUGGCAAGUAGUUCACGUUAUCGAACAGUAAUAUCAACUAUUCAUGAAUAUUUUAAUCAAAUGAUUGAACAAGAACAAAGAAAGUCAUCUGACGAGAUCAUCGAAAGAAAGAGAAAAAGUUUGAUUGCAUCACUUGUUGAAUCAUUACAACAAGAUGAAAAAAGUGAAGCAGCAAAACCAGAAGAAGAUAAACGAGGAUUAUCUAAAAAUGAAGUCUUUGAUGAAAUGUUGCUCUUUUUGAUGGCUGGCUAUGAGACUUCAUCAGCUGUUCUAGCCUGGUUUAUACAUCUGAUUAGUAAACAUCCACAAGUUCAAAUGAAAAUCAAAGCCGAAUUAGCACAAUAUACUCAACAUCAACUUUCCAUUGAUCAACUUGAUUCUCUUGUUUAUUUGGAUUGCGUCAUUGAAGAAGUUCUUCGUUUUGCUCCGCCUACUAGUGGUGUCACACGAACAUUGACAAGCGAUGAUCAACUCCCUCAAAGUCGAAUAAAACUGCGCAAAGGUGAUCAAAUCAUGAUAACAUUUCAUAAUUUGGCUCGGGAUAAAAGAUAUUGGAAUAUUGAUCCUGAAUUAUUCUAUCCGGAACGUUUUCAAGAAGAAGACAAAAAUCAUAAUCCAUAUGCAUCAAUUCCAUUUGGUGGUGGUCAUCGACAAUGCAUUGGUCAAGAUUUAGCGAAAUUCGAAAUCAAAGUUAUUGCAGCUAGACUUCUGCAACAUGUUACAUUUGGAGAUGGAGGACCUGAAGUCAAUCAAGGUGGACAUGAACAAAAAUUAACGAUCGUACCUCGACAUCUAGGAGUUACAAUAACUUUCGACUAA